AUGGAUACCAAAAAGCCCCCAGUUUCAAUAUCUAAUGAGGUCAAGACCGUGCAAGAAAAAUAUGCCGAUGUCACUCUACGUCUUCUCGAGGAUCAUGGCGAUGAUUUUGAGCUAUUGGCCCCUGAGAAAGAGAAAACCCUCCGGCGAAAGCUAUACUUCCACAUUAUGCUCUUGCUUUCAGUGAUUAAUAUUAUGUUAUUCAUUGACAAAUCCACACUUGGAUACGCUGCCAUUCUUGGAAUCUUUGAAGAGACAGGAAUAUCAAAGGCGCAGUACAACAAUCUCAACACGUUCUUCUAUGUUGGUUAUCUGGUGGGGCAGGUGCCUGGCCAUUACCUCCUACAGCGACUCCCAUUUGGCAAAUUCGUGAGCGGAACCAUAUUUUCUUGGGGAGCUGUCAUCUUGCUCCACUGCGUUGCAACGAGAUAUGCCGGUCUGGUGGUUUUGCGACUGGCUCUUGGCGCGACAGAAGCAGUGAUUGUCCCUGCGCUGGAGAUUACCAUCGGUAUGUUCUUUAAUCGCCAAGAACAAUCAUUUCUACAGCCUAUACUAUGGAUUACCUGCGUCGGCGCUCCUAUUCCCGCCGGUUUUAUCUCAUAUGGUCUGCUUUUCAGUCAGGGGGCUAUUCUUCCGUGGAAGCUGUUCAUGAUCGUCAUUGGUGGGCUGACGAUUUUACUUUCUGUAUGGGUAUGGUUUGGCUAUCCUAGCAACCCAGCUGAAGCUUGGUUUUUAUCUCUCGAAGAAAAAGUGCAGGUCAUUCGCCGAGUUCACGAGUCACAUCAGAGCUCCAUCGAGCAGAAGCAGUUCAAAAAGUCCCAGUUCAUAGAGACGAUGAAGGACUCUGUCUCGUGGCUUUUUGCCUUGCAGGCAUUUACUCUUAUGUAUUGCAACAAUCUGACCUACGGCCAGCAGAACCUCCUGAUCACCUCUCUCGGGGUAUCCAACCUAGGGUCCACACUCGUUGCCGCAGCAGGCGGAGGAUUCGGUGUUCUCCUUUGCAUUGUCGCCACCUUUGCAUUGAAACGUUUUCCGAGAUAUCUAGCCAUUCAUAGUUUGGUAUGGUGUGGGUUGGCACUGAUCGGAGGCGUAUGCAUGGUAACAAUUGCUUGGGAUCAAAAGCUCGCAUUGCUUGCCUGCAUGCUUCUCGCCGAAAAUACAUACUCGAUCACGUAUAUCAUCGCGCUUGGGUGGGCGACAUCUUCUGCUGCUGGAUAUACCAAGAAGCUCACGCGAAAUGGAAUGUUCAUGAUUGGAUAUAGUGUGGGAAAUCUUGUUUCGCCGCAGAUUUGGGUUCCCAGCGCUGCUCCCAGGUAUUAUGGUGCGUGGAUUUCGAUGAUUGUGGUCAGUUGGGCAGGAACACCUACGAUUCUUGGUGUGAUCCAUUUUAUUUUGAAAAGAAGAAAUGCAGAAAGAAAGGAAUGGAUUGCCGAGUUGAGUGAGGACGAGCGAGAGGGGUGCAUUGAGCAAGUGGAUGAAGCUGGUGCAGUAACCAGGAAGAAGGUUAACCUGGCGGUUCUGGAUUUGACGGAUUUGGAAAAUAAGCUCUUCUUGUAUCCGUACUGA